AUGUCCCGAUUCUUUGCUGCCUCAACUUAUAACGACGAUGACGAUUUCGGUGGUCUUUCUUCAUCCAGUGAUGAAGAAUCUUUAAGAUCCAUCUCCUCUGACUCCUCUAUGGAUUUAUCCUCUAGCGAAGACUCUGAUGAUUCUUUCUUUAAUGACAGUGACGAAUCUGAGUCUAGUGAUGAAGGAGGUAGAAACUAUGAUGAUGAUAGUGAUUCUAAGCCUUAUGGUCCGGAUUGGUUCAAAAAAUCCCAAUAUAGAAAAGGUCCACCACAAAAUAAAUUCUUAAAGUCGGUUGAAUCAUCUGAUGAGUCUAAUUUAUCAAGUGAUAAUGACGGACAAUGGGAUUCUGAUAUGGAUAAUGACGAAAGUGGUAAGAAAGUGGUCAAGUCAGCACGGGACAAAUUAUUAGAUGAAAUGAAAACUAUCUUAAAUUAUAUAUCCAAGGCUGGUAUAGAUCAAUCUAAUUCUACUCAGUUGCUAGAUAAUUUCGAUCUCUUAUUAAGAUUACAAAUUAGAUCUAUCCAACAAAACUUUGGUACUCCGCCAAUAUUUAUUGAAACUUUAAUUAAAUAUAACGAAUUUAUUAAAGAUUUAGAUUCCAAAGAAGAUGACUUACAAUUCGAUAACAAAUCUGUUGCUAAAGCUUACAACGUUUUAAAACAAAGAGUGAAAAAAUCUAUUAAAGAAAACCAACAAUUCAUCAAUGAAGAUGGUACUGUUGCUAUAAGUGCUAUGGAAGCAACCAUUUCUCAAGUCCCAUUAUUAUCUGGUUCUGGUGCUACUAAUCUUAUCUCCGCUCAAACAACCACUAGUGGUAAUUUCCAAGACUUGUUAGAGAACACAUCCUCCGGUAAUUACUUCGAAACUUUGCAAGCUGUUAUCGAUUCUCGCGGUAAGAAGAAUGUUCAAUCCUCUGACUUAAUCUCUGUUUUAAAUGGUCUUUUAAAUAUCGAAAAUAUCUCCGCAUACCAAAAGAUUAUGACAUAUUUGACUUUGAUUCCAAUUAGAUUAGAAUCCUCUCAACAAUUGUCUUACCAACCAAUUGACCAAUGGAACGAAACUUUUGUCACUGUGGCUAAUUUCAUGUCUUUAUUAGAAGAAAACAUUUCUAAAUACCAUGUUUCUGAAUUUGCUAAAUACAACGACAAUUUACCAGUUGAACCUGAACCAGUAAAUGGAGUGGUUCCAAUUCUAGGUUCUAUUUUUGCUUUUGUAGAAAGAUUAGAUGAUGAAUUUAACAAGUCUUUAUUAAACACUGAUCCACACUCCAGUGAUUAUUUGUUAAGAUUAAAGGAUGAAACUAAAUUAUACACAUUAUUGAUUAGAGUCCAAUUAUACUUAGAAAAAGUCUACCUAGAAAAACAUCCAUUGGCUUUGAAUAGAAUUAUCAUUAAGAGAUUGAACCAUAUUUACUACAAAUCUCAACCAAUUGCUUUUAAAUUAGAAAAGUUAGUAUGGAAAAAUAUUUCUUAUUCUUCUUCAUCUAUUAUUGCUUUUAGUGAAGACAAAGAUUAUGUUACCAACUUAAUUAAUACAUUAAUAGAAUGCAUCGCUUCUAAUAUUGAGGCUAGCAAGAAAUCCAACGAAGUCAAUAACUUUGCUACUGAUGUAGAAGAUGAUAUAAUCCGUUCUAAUCUAUUCAAGAUUUAUUACCAUGCAUUGAAUUUAACUUACGACUUCACCGAGAUUAAACAAAUGUUAAUCACCUUAAAUGUCAACAAAGUUAGAUCCCAAUCAACAUCCACUUCUUUACAAAUAUUAUUCAACCGUGUUGUUGUCCAACUGGGUCUUUGUGCAUUCAAAUCUUCGUUAAUUGAAGAAUGUCAUGAAGUAUUAAACGAGUUAUUAUCUUCAUCUCAUUUAAGAGAAAUUUUAGGUCAACAAUCUUUACAAAGAAUAUUGCAUCAUCAAUCCACUAUCGGCAAUAAUAACACUAAUAUUAAUUUAAUCGCCACUGAACAAUGCUUACCAUAUCAUAAACAUAUCAAUUUAGAUUUAGUUGAUAUUGUUUUCAUGACAUGUUCUUUGAUUAUUGAAGUUCCACAAAUCACUGCUUUCUAUUCUGGUAUUAAGAUUAAGAAGACUCCAUACACUGCCAGAUCUAUAAGACGUAUAUUAGAACAUUUCGACAAGCAGAAUUAUCAACCACCUGCAGAAAGUUCUCGUGAUCUAAUCAUUUUUAGUGCUAAAGCUAUGCAAUCUGGUGAUUGGGCUAAAUGUUAUGAAUACUUAUUGAAGAUUAAAGUUUGGAACCAAUUACUAAACCAUGAAGAAAUCUUAGAAAACUUACAAAAGAGAAUUAAGUUGGAAUCUUUAAAAACAUAUUUAUUCACAUACAAGAGAUUUUACUCCAACAUUUCUAUUAAACAGUUAAGUGACCGAUUCCAGUUACCUGAAGAUACUAUUUUGGAGGAAAUUCCAAAGGUUCUAAAGAACAUGGAAAUCACUUCAAUUAAAUUGAAUGAUUCAAAUGACUUUAUUGUGUUUGACAAGACUGAUGAAAUUACUAAGUUGGAAGAAGUUGCCAUUAAAUUAAACAAAGAAUAUAAGAUCACCAAAGAACGUCUAUUCCCACCACGCCACUAA